CUUUCCGAAUUUUUCUCUUCCUCUCUCUCGAAACCCGUCUCUCUCUCUUUCUCCAUCUAAAACUAAACCCUCUGUCCCUCGAGGAUCCACCACCAUUUUCAGCUCAGGGAUAAAACUAUUUCAAGGGAAAUUAGGUCAAAUAAAUCAACCAACUUAUAUCUUCUGAAAAGCACUGUUUGUGCACAGGAGGAAAUCUUCCUUGUGACAAAUUCCAAGAGCUUGUGUGUUGAAGAGAAGAGCAAUGGUGGACCCAUGGUGGUCUCUAUUAGGGGCAGCAAUUCCAGCUAUAAUUGCAGGGCAAGCAUUAAGGAUGAAGAAAAGAAGAGCUGAUGAGCAGAGGUUAAAGAGCGCCAGAGGCCGUGAAAAGAGCUCCGAUGAAAUAUUUGUUUGCGAGAGGGUAUGCACUUCGAAGAGGAUGCUAAAGAAGGUUGGUGCAUUAUCUAAAGACCCAACUAUUGAUACUUGUGUUACCGUUUGCGGUGUUUCUGAGCUUGAUGCUUGUGCUGAUGCAUGUGCGAGAACUGUUUGUGUCAAUCAACACCAGGUGCCUAACUGGAAUGAUAUUUGCCUUAGGAGGUGCCAAAGUGAGUGUCUUAGGCUAUCCAACUCCUCUGCAACUUCCUGAGAGGCUCUUUUGCCGUAUCUGUUAUUAGUCUUAGAUUGUGUUUUUACAUUUCCUUGAGAAAUUUCAUGGUAUACUCUGUUCAAAAUGGAUUUCAUAUUUUCUUUGGUUUUGGACAUGCUCAUAAACUGUUCGACCAAUGUCCACCUAGUUUUGCCUUUCCCAUUCUGUUUCAUGCGAGGAAAAAUUAGGUCCAUUCUUUUACCGUCUA